AAAAUAAAUAUGUGAGAUAACUACACAGAUUUUACUAUAUUAAAUAAAUACUUGUGUCAAGUUAGAAUAAGAUCAUUGACUUUUGUUAUUUGACCAACAUCUCUAUGUGUAUUAAAAAGUGUAAAUGUGAUCAAAUACAAUAUCCAAUUAACAAUAAAUUAUAAAUAAAAUUCUCAUAUAUGGCGGAUCCACCUGUAACUAUGCAAUCUAAUGACUCAUUUGAACUUCAUUCUACAAAAUCAAUAAAUAAAAAUGAAUUUUUAUCAUCUAACAACAAAUCAAUCAAAUCAACCCAAGAUGAAAAUCAUCAAUUAUUAAUUUUAACUGUACACUCAAAAGUAUCCGAAAUUAAUAAUGUAGUUCAAAAUGUUCCAGAUGUGAUAAAAAGUUUUGUCAUCAGUGAUAAAUAUUUACUUAUAACUUACAACAGAAAAUUGACUAAUUCAUUAAAAAUUAUUGAAUCUAUAAAAAAGAUGGGGUUUUUAGUGUCUUUUGAACCGGAAAAACAAACAGUAGCCAUCAUACCAAUAGAAGGCAUGAAAUGUAACUCUUGUGUUCGUAAAAUUGAAAAUCAUGUUUUAGAAAAAAAUGGUGUUAUUAAUAUUAAAGUCAACCUUGAAGAAAAAUGUGCUCAUAUUUUGUAUGAUUUAAAUACAGUUACGGUUUUUGAAUUACAAUCAUUUAUAUCUGAACUAGGAUUCACUGUACCAAUUCAUCCUACAACAACAAUAGUACAAAUUAAUGGGAUGUCAUGCAUGAGCUGUGUGAGAAAUAUUGAAGGUAAAAUUGGAGUAUUAAAUGGAGUUAACUCAAUAUCUGUCAGUUUAGAACAGAAAUCAGCUACUAUUACUCAUCACCCUGCUGUUAUUAGUGCAUCUGAUUUAGUAGCUGCUAUUACAACUAUAAACUCAAAAUUUAAAGUUUCAUUAAAAGAUCAAAAAAUAGAUGAACCAAAUAAUUUGUAUAUUACAUGUAUACCUGAAGAUGAAUAUAGUAAAGCAUAUUUAAGUAUUAAAGGCAUGACAUGUGCGUCUUGUGUCAUCGCAAUUGAGAAACAUUGUCUAAAAAUUAAAGGUGUUAAAAGUAUAUUAGUUGCAUUAAUGGCAGCUAAAGCUGAAGUACAAUACGAUCCUUCUAUAGUUCAACCUGAAGAAGUUGCUAACUCAAUUACAGAUUUAGGAUUUCCUAGUGAUGUUAUAAUAGAGAAUAGUUCUCAAACUAAUCAAACCGAAUUAAUAAUUGGUGGUAUGACAUGUGCCUCCUGUGUGAACAAAAUUGAGACUAACGUGUUAAAGCUAAAAGGCGUACAUAAAGCAGUUGUGGCACUUACUACACAAAAAGGAAUAUUUACUUAUGACAGUGAUUUAAUUGGCCCAAGAGAUAUAAUAGAUCAUAUUAUUGCUCUUGGUUUUACUGCUGAAUUAGUAAAUAAUAAAGACCGAGGUUCUCGUAGUUACUUGGAUCACAGUGAUGACAUAAAAAUAUGGCGCACUUCAUUCUUAGUUUCUCUUAUAUUUGGUGGACCUUGUAUUGUAGCAAUGACAUAUUUUAUGAUGGGUAUGACAUUUGGGUUUAUAGAUCAUUCCUCAAUGUGUUGUGUUAUACCAGGACUUUCUUUAGAAAAUUUAAUAAUGUUUAUUUUAUCUACUCCUGUUCAGUUUAUUGGAGGUUGGCAUUUUCAUGUUCAAGCUUGGAAAGCUAUACGUCAUGGCACUACCAACAUGGAUGUUCUUGUAUCAGUAGCAACUACAAUUUCUUAUGUUUAUUCAUUUAUUGUUGUGCUUAUUGCAAUCACUGAAAGUCCCGCUAAACAUUCCAGUCCAUUAACAUUUUUUGAUACGCCACCUAUGUUGUUUGUUUUUAUUUCAUUAGGUCGGUGGAUGGAGCACAUAGCUAAGGGUAAAACAUCAGAAGCUCUUUCCAAACUAUUAUCAUUAAAAGCUACUGAUGCAUUACUUGUGACUAUUACAAAUGAUUUUCAAGUUUUAACUGAAAAGGAAGUUAAUGUAGAUCUUGUAAAACGUGGAGAUAUACUUCGAGUAUUACCUAACACUAAAGUACCAGUUGAUGGUAAAGUUUUACAUGGCCGUUCUUCUUGUGAUGAAUCUUUAAUAACUGGAGAGUCUAUGCCAGUAAAUAAAAAACCUGGUAGUUUAAUUAUUGGUGGUUCAAUGAAUCAAACUUCUCCUUUAUUAAUGGUUGCCACUCAUACAGGAGAAGCUACUAUGUUGGCUCAAAUUGUUAGACUUGUUGAACAAGCACAAACAUCAAAAGCACCUAUACAACAAUUUGCAGAUAAAAUUGCUGGCUAUUUUGUUCCUGCUGUUAUUGCCAUUUCAUCUAUUACCUUAGGAUCAUGGCUUUAUGUUGGUCUUUACCACCAAAAAUAUUUACCAAUUCCUGAUGAAGAUAAAUUUGGACCAGAUAGUUGGGAAAAUGCUAUUCAGUAUUCAUUUAGAUGUGCAUUAAGUGUUUUAGCAAUUGCUUGUCCCUGUGCACUUGGUUUAGCAACACCUACUGCUGUAAUGGUUGGUACUGGUGUUGGUGCAUUAAAUGGUAUAUUAAUAAAAGGAGCUGAAGCACUAGAAAAUGCUCAUAAAGUAAAGUAUAUUGUAUUUGACAAAACAGGUACAAUAACAUAUGGUAAACCAUCAGUUUCAAGAAUUUGUUUAUUUGUUGGUAACAAAAUAUGUUCUUUGAAUCAUUUUUUGUCUGUAAUUGCUAGCGCUGAAGUUAGUAGUGAACAUCCAUUAGGUUCUGCUCUAGUUAAAUUCGUAAAAGACACUUUCGAUUGUGAAAUAUCAGGGAAAUGUGAGCGAUUUCAAACUGUUGCUGGUUGUGGUAUAAAAUGUGUAGUUUCUCAUAUAGACGAUCUGUUAAAAAUGGGUUCAAAGUCAAAUUUCAUAAUGAAUUUUAAUAACUACAUGAGUGGAUUUAAUCAGUCAGUAUUUGAGUAUAAUAAUAUUAAAGUAGAAAUAGAAGAAGGUAAACCUGGAACUGAAGUACAAUCAAUUCAUUUACAUAAAUUAUUAGACUUAAAUGAAGACAUAAAACAGAAUGAAAUAGAAUAUGAGGUAUUAAUUGGAAAUCGCGAAUGGAUGUUUAGAAAUGGCAUAACCAUGCCCCAAGAAGUUAAUUUUAAAAUGAUCACAGAAGAAACCCUUGGACAUACUGCAAUAUUAUGUGCCAUUAAUGGUAUUUUGGUUGGAAUGAUCAGUGUUUCUGAUAUGGUGAAACCAGAAGCUCAUUUAGCAGUUUAUACUUUAUUGAAACAAGGUUAUCAAGUGAUGCUCUUAACAGGAGAUAAUAGAAAAACAGCUAGUGCUGUUGCUAAACAAGUGGGUAUUAAUAGAGUAUUUGCAGAAGUUUUACCAUCACAUAAAGUUGCUAAGAUUCGGGCUUUACAAGAGAAAGGCAUGCGGGUAGCUAUGGUAGGUGAUGGUGUAAAUGAUUCACCUGCUUUAGCGCAAGCUGAUGUUGGUAUUGCCAUAUCAUCGGGUACUGAUGUAGCUGUUGAAGCAGCCGAUGUUGUUUUAAUGAGGAAUGAUCUUUUAGAUGUUGUCAGUUGUUUGGAUUUAUCUAAUAGAACUGUUCAUAGAAUACGGUUAAAUUUCUUAUUUGCCAGUAUGUAUAACUUAAUUGGCAUACCUAUUGCUGCUGGUUUAUUUAGUCCUUUUGGUUUUACAUUACAACCUUGGAUGGCUGCUGCUGCAAUGGCUUUAAGUUCAGUAUCUGUUGUAGGAUCAUCACUUCUCCUCAAAAUCUAUAAGAAACCUACUAUGGUCUCUUUAACUACAUCUGAUUAUCUUUCAAGAUCACAAGGGGAAUUAGACACCGUUUCUAUACACAGAGGAUUAGAUGAUAUAGAACCAUCAACUAUGAUAAGAUCAUCAAAUUCUUCAACUUUAUCUAAGCUGUUAAUGGGAAAAACAACAGCAUCCGAAGCUGAAAAUAGACUUCUAAGUUCUUAUGAUGAUAUGGAAGAACUUGGUAUACAUUAUGUUGAUAAAACAAAAAGCAUUAAUACUUAAGAAAAUUUUCAAACAAAUUUAUUAUUGACAUUUAAGAAGUUAUCUUAAUUAUUUUUUACUAUAUAUUAAUAUUCUACUUUGUUAAAUGUAUACAGUUGAAGAAUAUUUUAUUUAGUUUUACAUAGUUUUUUUUCAAAUGUUAAUUUUAAUUAACAUUGGUUUUAAACCAUUAAAAUAUGUUAAUUGUUUUUUUUUUUAUAAAUUAUUGUAAAUAUUCCAUUACUCUACAAAUUUGAAUUUUAAACUAAUGAAUUACAUUGAAAUGUAUACUUAUAUUAUUAUUUAAAAUUAAGCAUUUAAUAUUGUUAUAUAUAACUUAAAUGUAUUUUUAAAAAGUUAAUAAACAUUUGUUACUUAAAUGUUCACUUUUUUUUAACUAUCUUACAUUUAAAUGUAAGACAGUUUGAGAAGAGUAACUAAGAAAAAGAACUAGUGAUGGAAAUAUCGAAUAGUAACUAUCGAACUAUUUGAUAGUCAUUCUUAAACUAUUCGAAUAGU